AUGCCGUCGUUCUCGCUGCCCCAGUUCGACGCUCGUCGUGUGCGCUCCUAUCUCUUCCGCUUGCCCUUGUGCACGCGUGCGCUUCUCGUUGUUAUAGUCGCUUUUUGGAUCGCCAGCCUUAGACUCAACUGGUUCCAGCAAUGGGCCGCUUUGAUACCAAAUGAGAUGAAUCUCGGAACCAUGUACCGAUUGAAUACCUUUCCUCUUCUUCAUGUUGGCUUCAUUCACAUGAUUGUCAACAUCUUCGCUCUGACUCCGCUUCUCGAACGUUUCGAAGCCGAGAAUGGCUCUCUGCCGACUCUGCUCCUCUUCACAGGCCCAUUCGGUCUUCUCCCGGGAGGAAGUUAUACUCUGAUUGAACGCUUUAUCUUCAGAUCCAACACCGCCGUCCAAGGCGCAAGUGUCUGGGUAUUCCUUCUCCUGGCUUCCGAGUCCAUCAAGACGUACAAGCAGAACCCCAACUUCGCUCUUGGCCCUUACAACAUUCCCACUUGGACCGCUCCCCUGAUCCUCAAUCUCUUCGUCGCUGUCCUUGUACCCAACACCAGCUUCCUUGGUCACUUGUGUGGUCUUGCCGUUGGCUAUCUAUGGGGCCUGGGCUACGUUAAGUUCCUUGUUCCCAACGAGAAGAUUCUGAGAUGGAUUGAGGGCAAACUCAACCUCCUCGGCCGUCUACCUCAUUACGUUUCAGUCGACCAGAAGACAUAUGGAAGAUAUGGCGUACUGCCUACAACCGCAGAACCUAGACCGGGGCCCACUCUCGCUUCUCUUGGAAGCACUCAAAGACUUGGUCCUUGA